AUGGCUGUUGCUUCAUAUCUGCGACUCGCAUUGUUUCCUUUGCUCAGAAAAACUUCAUACACAAAUACUACAUCCCUUCUUCGGAAUACAAGUUCCGAAUAUUUCCGCUACUGCUCAUCUUCCCCUACUCCCCAAUCAUAUUCAUGGCAACCAUUUCGUAUGAAAAAGGUUGUUAUGCGUAUAGCCUAUGUCGGCACCAAUUACCGAGGUCUUCAAAUGCAGCGAGAUGAAAAUACACAUUCAAUUGUUGAGAAAGAACUAGAAACAGCGAUAUUCAAAGCUGGUGGCAUCCGCGAAAGUAAUUUAGGGGAUUUAGAAAAAAUCGGAUGGUCCAGAAGCAGUCGUACUGACAAAGGAGUUCACUCUCUUGCAACGAUGCUAUCAUUUAAAAUGGAAAUCCCAGAAAACGCUUGGAAUGGUGACCCUUAUGGCUUUUCCCUCGCAAAUUAUGUUAACUUGUAUCUUCCUUGUGAUAUCAAAGUUAUAAGCGUUUUGCCUUCCCAAAGCUUUGAUCCCAGAAAGGAAUGCAUUUUGCGAAAAUAUUCUUACCCACUCCCUACUAAAAUUAUUGGUAUUCAAAGCCAUUCUAGCAACGAUGAAAUUGAUUACCACCUGUCAGAGUUCAAUGAUAUUCUCAAAGAAUUUGAGGUGUAG